UCCCGUCGUCCGCUCACCACUGGGGGAUGCAUUCCACCCCCACACCCGCCCACCACUGGGGGAUGCAUUCCACCCCCACACCCGCCCACCACUGGGGGAUGCAUACCACCCCGACGCCCGCCCACCACUGGGGGAUGCAUACCACCCCGACACCCGCUCACCACUGGGGGAUGCAUACCACCUCGACACCCGCUCACCACUGGGGGAUGGUUGCGAUUGCACAGCUCUCGUUGUUGA